AUGCCGAAAAAAAUGCCUGAAAAGUGUGGAGGAACCGACACAGCAAAUCCGUUCAGGAUGCUGAGAGUCUCUUCACCGACUGACCACAACAAUAUAUUAUCCUACAAUGUACAUCCUGACGGCCACGAAAAUCCCGCAGAACUGAAGAGCAAUAUUACUGAAUACCAAUUGAAGUAA